AUGGCAGAACACACUCGGAGAUGUUCCUUGCAGCCAUGGGUACUAAGGCCAAUGCCCCCAAGCACAGUCCACAAGCGUUGGCCCACUGACAAGCCAUCUUCCAAAUGUAUUGUCAUAGCCCACGAGGAGAUUCUCAGGGCUCCCUCUUCCCUGGAAGGCCGAAGAUGGCUAUUUCUGAAGAAAGGGCAAGAUGACUUCAGGAGAGGCUGUCCAUCCUGUAAAGAUCUGAUAAUUCCAGGAUCCAAGGAGGCCUUUCUCCCAAUGAUUAGUCGCAUAUACCAGCCCAGGGAUCCCACGAAGAUGCCCAAGAGUGCAACGUUGUAUUCGUCACUCUCUCAAGCCCAGCAAGCACGCAGGGCAUUCGUGAAAGCCAUCGAAGCCCAAAUAAGCCAGAAGCAUCCCUUGGCUCUCUACCCAAAUUUGGAAGAUAACAUAUCUGAAGAGCUCUUACUGGAGGUGCUGGAAUUGCUGGACCCUGAAAGGAAACUGGAGAGUACGUGGGAUUAUUGUGAGAACGGCAAGAAAAGAAUGGAAAUAGAGAAAUCCUUUAAGUCACCAAAACUCUCUAAAGAUAUGAAAAUGCUCCUGGAACCUCCCAGGGUUCCUGGUGGCCAUCCAGAUCUUUUGCCUAUGAGGAAAAGGCGAAUCUCAAAGGAGUUGGUUGAAGCUGCUAUGCGGAGAUACAUACCCAAAGGAGUCUAUGAUUUCUGCAAAUGGGUUCAGAGUCUUGGAGACUUGGACAUUAAUGAAAACAUGGUAACAGAUCAAUUUGGUGUGGAGUUUGAGUGCAAACCAACCUAUACGGAUUCCUGCAUCAAGAAAGUAAACCUGAUUCCUGUAGAGCUCAGGUACUGCAGGAAACUAAGCAGAGUGAAGCAGAUAAGAUUCUCCCUCCAGGAAACAAGCUUUGAUAGGAGACGCCGGAAGCCACCUGAUCCGUAUAAAUCCCGCUGGGUGAAGAUAAGGUAUGGAGCUUGGUACCUGAGGCCUGAAUUGUGGAAAAAGCUAGUAAAUGAUGAGCCUCUGAUUGACCCCAAGGCCUUCGUUGAGAAACCUUAUCCCCCAGAUAUCAUUGAUGAACUUUAUGGAACAAUUGCAUUCAAGGAUUUCAUAAUGAGCAAAGGCUACAGUAUGCCAGCUAUCCUUGAGAAGUUUUUCUUCAGGAAAGGAUGGGAUUACCAUGAUGUUAAUACUCCUAUCCCGAGAGCAGUAAGAGCUCAUGAACUGAAAUAUGCGGAUGACGAUGAUGACGACGACGAUGAUGACGAUGAUGACUAG